CUCGGCCCCCAACUCUGGAAGGCUCCGGUGCUCCCAGCACAGUUCUGAGACAGCCGGGAAUCCAGUGUCCCCUUCCUGAUACAGGGAAUAGGGGGUGUCGUGGCAGAGGCCCCUGACCCCUGCCCACUACCUCCCAGCCCCAGGAUGCUCCCUUUUGCCUCCUGCCUUCCCGGGUCUUUACUGCUCUGGGCGCUCCUGCUGUUGCUCUUGGGAGCAGAGUGGUCACUGGACUUGGUCCCCUUCCAGGAAUGUACAGAUGGCUAUGAGUGGGACGCAGACAGCCAGCACUGCCGGGAUGUCAACGAGUGCCUGACCAUCCCCGAGGCCUGCAAGGGCGAAAUGAAAUGCAUCAACCACUAUGGGGGCUAUUUGUGUCUGCCUCGAUCUGCGGCUGUCAUUAAUGAUCUACAUGGCGAAGGCCCUCCACCACCAGUGCCCCCUGCUCAACACCCCAAUCCUUGCCCACCAGGCUAUGAACCUGAUGAACAGGAGAGCUGUGUGGAUGUGGACGAGUGCGCCCAGGCUUUGCAUGACUGUCGCCCUAGCCAAGACUGUCAUAACCUGCCUGGUUCCUACCAAUGCACCUGCCCUGAUGGUUACCGAAAAAUUGGGCCCGAAUGCGUGGACAUAGACGAGUGUCGCUACCGAUAUUGCCAGCAUCGAUGUGUGAACCUGCCAGGCUCUUUUCGCUGCCAGUGUGAGCCAGGAUUCCAGCUGGGUCCUAACAACCGUUCUUGUGUGGAUGUGAAUGAGUGUGACAUGGGAGCCCCAUGUGAGCAACGCUGCUUCAACUCCUAUGGGACCUUCUUGUGUCGUUGUAACCAAGGCUAUGAACUGCACCGGGAUGGCUUCUCCUGCAGUGAUAUCGAUGAGUGCAGCUACUCCAGUUACCUCUGCCAGUAUCGCUGUGUCAAUGAGCCGGGCCGCUUCUCCUGUCACUGCCCACAAGGCUACCAGCUGCUGGCCACAAGGCUCUGCCAAGACAUUGACGAGUGUGAAACAGGUGCACACCAGUGUUCUGAGGCCCAAACCUGUGUGAACUUCCAUGGGGGCUACCGCUGUGUGGACACCAACCGUUGCGUGGAGCCCUAUGUCCAAGUGUCGGACAACCGCUGCUUCUGCCCUGUCUCGAACCCCCUGUGUCGAGAGCAACCUUCAUCCAUUGUGCACCGCUACAUGAGCAUCACCUCAGAGCGAAGUGUGCCUGCAGACGUGUUUCAGAUCCAGGCAACCUCCGUCUACCCUGGUGCCUACAAUGCCUUUCAGAUCCGUGCUGGAAACACGCAGGGGGACUUCUACAUUAGGCAAAUCAACAAUGUCAGUGCCAUGCUGGUCCUUGCCAGGCCAGUGACAGGACCCCGGGAGUAUGUGCUGGACCUGGAGAUGGUCACCAUGAACUCUCUUAUGAGCUAUCGGGCCAGCUCUGUACUGAGACUCACCGUCUUUGUGGGAGCCUACACCUUCUGAAGGAGACCCUCAGGGAAGGGCUGGGUGGGGCCCCCCUCUUUCUCCCUCUCAUAGCUUAAGGAGCCUGGGGUUGAGGGGUGACUGUUCUGCUUAAAGAGACAAUGAUGUGAAGGACAAUAAAGGGAGAAAGGAG